AUGUCGCGCCGCAAGGCCGGCAGCACGCCCCGCCGAGUAGACCCCGAGCCCGCCUCCAGCGAAGACGACGAGAUGGAGAUGCCGCAGCUCGUCAUCGAUGUGAAGCCGGAGCCGGACGCGCGGCCCCUCCAGGCCGUGGAGCCGGCGCCCCUCUCCCCGCGGGAGGUGUCCGCCGCCACGCAGCUGGGAGGCGAGCCUCGCCACUCGCCCGGCUCCGUGCCCGCCGGGGCCGCCCUCCACGCCCUCGGCGCGCGGAACCCCUGGGCCCUGUGGACGCAGCUGACCUCGAGCCCUCCCGACCGCCAGCCCUGGCCCGAGAAACAGCCUGAGAAACAGCCGGAUCUGUUGACCUGCGGCCGCUGCCUGCAGAUCUUCCCGCUGGAGGCCAUCACUACCUUUAUGGACCACAAGAAGCUGGGCUGUCAGCUCUUCAGUGGCCCCGGUCCCAACCAGGGCUCAGAGCCUACGGAGCUGAAGGCCCUGAGCUGCCUGCGCUGCGGCCGACAGUUCACCGGGGCCUGGAAGCUGCUGCGCCACGCCCAGUGGGACCACGGACUGUCCAUCUACCAGACGGAAUCCGAAGCCCCUGAGGCCCCGCUGCUGGGCCUGGCCGAGGUGGCCGCGGCUGUGUCGGCAGUGGUGGGGCCGCUGAGGCCACCAGCCGAGACCAAGGGCCCCCGGGGGAGCCCCACCUGCUCAGUGUGCAAGAAGACCCUCAGCUCCUUCAGCAACCUCAAGGUGCACAUGCGCUCCCACACCGGCGAGCGGCCCUACGCCUGUGACCAGUGUCCCUAUGCCUGCGCCCAGAGCAGCAAGCUCAACCGGCACAAGAAGACCCACCGGCAGCCACUGCCCCAGAGCCCCUGCGUGGCCCCGACCGGCCAGGAGCAGGCCUCCACUGCCCCGCCGGAGCCGGCCGCCCACGCUGCGGCCCCAGCCAGCACGCUGCCAUGCAGCAGGGGCGUGGGGGCUGGCGCUGCCGCCACCGCAGGUGUCCAGGAACCUGGGGCUCCAGGCAGUGGGGCCCAGGCCGGUCCCGGUGGGGACAGCUGGGGAGCUGUCCCUGAGGAAGAGAGAACUGACCAUGCCGAGAGCCAGAAGACGUCACCCAGGAAGAUGCCCAAGCCAGCGGGCAAGAGCCGCGGGCCCGGGGGCCACUGCGAGUUCUGCGGGAAGCAUUUCACCAACAGCAGCAACCUGACCGUGCACCGGCGCUCCCACACCGGCGAGCGGCCCUACGCCUGCGACCAGUGUCCCUACGCCUGCGCCCAGAGCAGCAAGCUCAACCGGCACCGCCGCAUGCAUGGGCUGGGGCCCGGCGGCACCCGCUUCCAGUGCCCCUACUGCUGCGUGCCCUUCGGCCUGCGCGCCACGCUGGACAAACACCUGCGGCAGAAGCACCCCGAGGCGGGCAGGAAGGCCUGAGCGCACUGUCCGUGCCGUCCGUCCCUCCCCGUCCCCUCUGCCCACACCCGUGUUGGUCUUGUUCUCCCCCUCCUGCGAGUAAACCAUCCUCCUGUCC